UUGUUUUCGUUUCCCUUGACUAAAUUGCUUAUUUGGCAGGUUACCUUUUUAUCAAAAUGGUACUUAGAUAACGUAGUGGUAUCUAGAUGGAAUUGCCCCGAAUCCCUCUACUGGCUUCCCCAGUUAUUUUUGCUGAUGCCUGCAAAUAUAAUGAAGAUUAGAUAUGUUUAGUAGUUCGACUGUAGAGUGAACCAAAUUUUCCUGGUUUCUGUGUCAGUGUCAAAAUGCCCGUCUUAUUACUUGAGCGAUUACCUCUCCCGAGUUUGGAAGCCUACGCGGUUGUCAGUGUUUCCCUCCUGGGCUGGUCUCUUCACUACGCAGCAGAAAAGACUCUUAACCCUUCAUGGAGAAUGCAGUUUGUCGAAACGAGAAACAUCAGCCAAGAUACUCCAAAUACGCUGCAAGUGUACAUUUCAACUAUCUUGUCCCGUUACUGGCUAAGUUCCAGAGCUCAAGAUAUUGUUUCGUUUUCAAUCCAUGACAGUUUAUGCAUUUGGACUGUUGUCAACAUGGCUUACUGCAUUCUCGUACUAUUUGGGAACUGGCUCCAGAAACAAGUAUUUGGUGAGCUAAGAGUAUCAGAACUUCAGCAUAUCAAAGACAAGUUCUGGAACUUUGUGUUCUAUAAAUUCAUUUUUAUAUUUGGCAUCAUAAAUGUUCAAAGCAUGGAAGGUGUGAUAUUGUGGGGGUCCUGGUUUUCUGUAAUUGGUUUCUUACACAUCCACGCUCAACUAUGCCAGGACAGAUUUGAAUACUUAUCAAUGACUCCUUGUACCCCUUGGCAUCGGCAUUUUCGCCUGCUCAUCCUCUUAGGAUUGAUACUGCUCUCAUCAGGCGUACUAUUUUUGGUUUGUCUCGCUGUUGGUCAACGGGCCGGAUGGAUAACUUUCGCCUUGGUGGCUCCGGAAUGUGUAUUGUUGGCUUUACGUACCAGCCAUGUCAUCGCCCGAUACGUCCUCUACCUGCAGUCUUUUCAGCCCCCUGUUCAUCAGCUCUCUCAAGGGUGGAGUCCUACAUCGUACUACGUGGAAUUGGCGGUGGAGAUCUCAUGCCUGGUCGUGGAUUUGGCACAUCACAUCCACAUGCUUCUACGAGCGAAUAUGCUGCUUUCCAUGGCAUCUUUGGUCAUUUUCAUGCAAUUGCGAGUGCUGUAUGAACAGCUGUGUGGUCGACUUCGCCGUCACGGAAAUUAUCGGCGAAUGCUGCAAAUUGUGCAGACAAGUUGUCCUCUGGAACGACGUUACUUCGAACUCGAGUCUGAGUGGGAGGAUAACAAAUGUGCCAUUUGUUGGGAAGCAGCCGCCGUUGCCAGGCGACUUCCAUGUGGCCACCACUUUCAUCAUGGCUGUCUGCUACAUUGGCUGGAGCAGGAUCCCACUUGUCCAACAUGUCGACGUCAGUUGUUGGAAGAUGAUUCCAAAAACGGGAUCACUGGUUUGCAAUCCCGAUCCCGUGAUAAUGCAAGUUUCACAUCUUGGACGAGUUGGAGUCGAUUGUUGCAACAAAAUGCCGAUGCUUCCCUAGGAUCAGCUUCAGAAAACUCUCAAUUGGAAGCUUUAGCUGAACAGGUACAUCAGAUGUUUCCCGACUAUUCUUUCGGAGUUCUUGUAGAUGACCUGCGGCAAACAGGCUCACUCGAUUUGACUGUUGAGAAUAUCUUGGAUGGACGUCUGCUUCCGACGCUUCCUAGCUUCCAGCAAGAACCUAGUCUUUUAACAUUGCCUACGUUCCCAACGAAAGAAGGUAAUUCUUGCGACUCCUCUGAGGAUUCGGAUAAAAUUUUUGUCGAUGAUCCCAAUGAAAGACAAAAAGUCCUUCAUUUUCGUAAGCACGAUUUGAUUGAAGAAGCUAGAAGUCGUUUUCUGCAAAGACAAGUCGUCAAUAGUGUUUCCCCUAACCUUGAAAGUUGAUCCGUACGUGAUUCUUUGUUCUGGUUACCCGUUUUCUUUCAGUUCCCAAGUUUUUAACGUAAUGAAACAACAUGUCUUCUUGUCCAGUUUGCAUGCAUAGCCAUCCACGCGUAGUUCGGGCCUUUUUUUGUGGGAAAAGAUGAACAACGAAGCGUUCGCUUGAUUGCAGUCGCACCCGAAUGAUGGAAUUCGUUCUGCAUUACCUAGUCCAAUCACAGACUGCUCACAAGGGCAUACUACUGUGAUUUUACUAAAACUGGUGUGCAACCUAUUUUAUAACGGCCCAGUUUUUGUAGAAAGUUGUUGAAGGGAAAGGUUGAUUUAAAACGACCAUCAGACGAGCGAUUUAAAGUUUUUCUUUAUUAUCUGAGUUUAGUUUCAUAACAGCGGCGUUAUGGUUUGUAAUAAACCGCAGCCUUUAACGCAAAUAAAAGAUUUCUCUCAA